CGGGCCUCGGGCCGGCCUCUAGGGGGCGCUGGCGCAAGGCCGCGCGGCACAGAAACGCGUUUGAACUUGGCCACCGCCGCUGCCCGUAGCCGGCGUCUCCAACAUGGCGGCUGCCCAAGAUGUCCACGUCCGGAUCUGUAACCAAGAGAUUGUCAAAUUCGACCUGGAGGUGAAGGCGCUUAUCCAGGAUAUUCGAGAUUGCUCAGGACCAUUAAGUGCACUUACUGAACUGAACGCUAAAGUGAAAGAGAAGUUCCAACAGUUGCGGCACAGAAUACAGGAGCUGGAGCAGUUGGCUAAAGAGCAAGACAAAGAGUCGGACAAGCAAGUUCUGCUCCAGGAGGUGGAGAACCACAAGAAGCAGAUGCUCAGCAAUCAGACGUCGUGGAGGAAAGCGAAUCUCACCUGCAAAAUCGCCAUCGACAACCUAGAGAAGGCAGAGCUGCUCCAGGGAGGAGACCUCUUGAGGCAAAGGAAAACCGCCAAAGAGAACCUGGCGCAGACGUCCAGCACCAUCACCGAGAACCUCAUGGGCAUCAGCCGGGUGAUGUCCCAGCAGGUGCAGCAGAGCGAGGAAGCCAUGCAGACGCUGGGUAACGCCGGGCUGGAGGGGAAGCUGCUCCCGGGACCCGGCACCUGCCCCAGGCCCCUCCGCCCCGCCCUGUCCACGCUGCCUGCCCUGCCCACGGCUCCCAGUUGCUUCUGUAUUGAUCUGCGGUCUCCAGCAGGGAUGGCACCGCAAAUUAGAUGGUGUCAUCCGCCUCUUUCUUCCAUGAAUGGCAGCAUCUCACACGCCUCUUUCACGCUCGCUGUCCACGUAACAGCAGGUUGCCUUCUGUGGCUGUUCGGUGAUGCCUUGCUUUACUUUGUGGGGGAAUCGUGCCAGGUAACCUUCUUCCCAAGUGGCAGGCCCACGUACCCACGCUCAGCGGUAAAGUCGACUCCCGGGCACAGCGACCCUGAGGGGACAAGUGCCUCCUGGUAGGUGUCACUUGGUGUCCAAGCCCAGGCGCCCCGUCUUUAAAGCUAUAGCCGUGUGCUGGGACCGAAGGACUUGCUUGUGUGAGGGCUGGUGGCAGGGCCAAGCCCUGCCUUUCCUGAUCCCACAGAGAGCGACCUGGCCGUCAGGUGUCCUGGCAGGGCGCCCCCACAGGUUAAAGGGCCUGGUGCCCUCCAGCUUCUGUCCCCAUAUGGACCUCAUGGGGCCAAUCCGCGGUCACGGGAUUGGUUUUGUGACGGGUGGUCUCAGCAGCGCCCGGCGGCAGGCGGCGGCCGAGGUCGCGGUGAGGAAGAGCCUCUCUGCCCUUCUCCCUGGGGGUCCACCUGGGGCUCCCCGCUGUGGCCUGUGAUCGAGCCGGGUGAGACCCAGGGGAGUUUGUCCUGGUCUCCACUCUGGCUGUCUCUAUUCAGUCUCUGCUCUGGGAACUUGCUUCAGAGAGCAGUGUGCUGGGAGCCCGGCCAGCAGGCCAGCUUCGGACUGUCCGCUCUGCAGCCUCUGAGUCAGGCUCCCUCCCUCUUAUGUUUCAGUCACUUCUUCCCGGACUAUCCUUGACGCCAACGAAGAAUUCAAGUCCAUGUCGGGGACCAUCCAGCUGGGACGGAAGCUCAUCACAAAAUAUA